UAUCCCACAGAAAAGUUGCAGUUCAUCCCAUCUCACCCGCCCAACUCCUCCAGACAGUCGCGGCGUUUCUCAGCAAUUCUCCCCUUAAACCUUUCCAGCCGACACCGAAACACCUCUACAACCCCGAACAAGCCGCGCAACAAUGGCGGACACAGGCGGCCAGCAGACAGCCGUGGUGCUGUCAACCUCCAUCGUCGCCCUCAUGACGGGCUUCCUCCUCGGCGUCUACUCGAUCCGCGGCUACCUCAUCUCCCCCGAAUUACGUUCCGAAGCCCGCGCCAACUUCGACGACCCUGUCGAGAGCGAGGAGUCCGACAUCGACGAGGACGAUACCGUUCUCGAUCACGCGCCCAACUGGGCCAAUGGCCUAGAUGCCGACCGCCGUGACGGUCUGCGCCAGCGUAAGGGCAACGCAUCCGGGAAGCCUGCCUCUUCCAAGAAGCCCAACCCGGCGGGUACACCGCUGGUCGAUAACAAUGAGGAGUGCAAGCUUGUCCUCGUCGUUCGGACGGACCUGGGCAUGACCAAGGGCAAGAUGGCAGCGCAAGCCUCGCACGCGACUCUGGCAUGCUACAAGUCCCUUUCCAAGAUCGCAGCGAAAGACCCCUCAUCCUCCGCCGCCAAGAUCCUUUCCCGCUGGGAGAAUCUCGGCCAGGCCAAGAUUGCCGUUCAGAUCAAGAACCAGGACGAGAUGCUCGAGCUCAUGGGCAAGGCCCGCAGCCUCGGUGUCACUUCCGAGGUGAUUGCCGACGCCGGCCGGACGCAGAUCGAGGCCGGCAGUCUGACUGUCCUGGGCGUUGGCCCUGCGCCCAGAAGCUUGGUUGACCAGAUCACGGGACACUUGAAGCUUCUGUAAAGGCAAUCUGGGAUAUCCAAAUGGUUCAUUACAAAAGAAAAGUUAUGGGAAUUUAGACUCUGGGAACAUACACGAAUGAAG